UGACACCUCUAGGUCAGGUGUAGGACUACAUUUUGAUGAGUUUCAGACUAAAACGCCGGUUUAUAGUUGCCCGAAAUGUUUAGUUUUAUUUUUUAAAACACGACAUUUAAAUUUUGUGAAAUGGUUUCGAAUGAAAUAACGACUGUGACAAGCCAAUAAUCUUUCUAAAUCUAUUUGACCUUGAUGGUAAUUCUCCUCCUGUGUGACAAGUUAAGACAAGCUUCCUUCUCCUCCACCAAUCACUGAGCUGGACAAAUGAAAUCCUGCAUAUUUACCGGUGACGUCACGUACAAAGACCCAUGCCGGCUCCGUCUCUGCCAAUCACUUUUGAGGAACCUGUACAGCGGAAAAUGGGUGGAACUCGUCCGUCAUCACGUGUCAUUCGACUUCUUCUACGGUGGAAUACAGUUUAACUUCCGGCAGCAUCGUCCUCUGAAAAUUACAACCAUGGGCGGUGUCCUGGCUGCCAGUUCUCCCAACCCUCCUCCACCCGUCACCAGCGGUGCUGCUCCUGCACCUGGUUUGACGGUGCCACCGGGUUUCGGGAUGCCCCCUGUGUCUCCAGUCAUACCAUCAACAGGAGCGGACCCUGGGCAGCAGCAGGAGGCAAGAACCCAUCUGCCCAACCCUGGAGCGUUUGACGAGUGUCACCGCAAAUGCAAAGAGGUUUUUCCAAUUCAGAUGGAAGGUGUCAGGUUAACUGUCAACAAAGGCCUCAGCAACCACUUCCAGGUGAAUCACACCUUGAUGCUGAGCACCAUGGACGACUCCAGCUACAGGUUUGGAACCACGUACGUGGGGUCCAAGCAGAUGGGUCCAGCAGAGUUUUUUCCAGUUAUGGUUGGAGACAUGGACAACAGCGGCAGCCUGAACGCUCAGAUCAUCCAUCAGAUCAGCAGCAGGAUACGAUCCAAAUUCGCCUUCCAGACGCAGCAGCAGAAGUUUGUGAACUGGCAGGGUGACGCCGAGUUCAGGGGCGAAGAUUUCACCGCAACGGUCACAUUUGGAAACCCAGACGUCCUCGUUGGCUCUGGGAUCAUAGUAUCUCACUACCUCCAGUCCAUAACGCCCUCCCUGGCUCUGGGCGGAGAGCUGGUCUACCACCGACGGCCGGGGGAGGAGGGAGCGGUCAUGUCUCUAGUCGGCAAAUACACAGGCAGUAACUACAUCGCCACGUUGACGAUGGGCUCCGCCGGCGCUCACGCCUCGUACUACCACAAAGCUAACGACCAGCUCCAGGUCGGUGUUGAGUACGAAGCCAGCGCUCGUAUGCAGGACACCAGCGUCUCCUUUGGUUACCUGUUAGACGUUCCCAAAGCCAAUCUACAGUUUAAAGGUUCUAUAGACAGUAACUGGGUGGUCGGUGCGAAUCUAGAGAAGAAGCUGCUGCCUCUGCCGCUGUCGUUGGUGCUGUGUUCUUUCCUCAACCACCGCAAGAACAAGUUCCAGUGCGGGUUCAGCGUCACCAUUGGUUAAAACUGAACGUUUGACGUCUUCCAAACAGACUCACAGACCUAGUAGAAGAAGAAGAAGAAGAAGAAGAAAAGAGACAGUAAUUGGACAGAAACCAGAGCAGAAGUCAUGUGCUGUACACCCCCAAAAACAAAUGACCUGAAUUUUUCUAUAACUUCACUGAACCGCAGCGGAGAAGCCGAGUCCUGUCUAAUACUAAUCUAAAUAACUAGUUAUGUUAAAGUAAUGACUAAAUUAUGGGAUGCAGAAAUAAUGUGAAUGAUCAGGAAGAUGUUGACUGUCGAUGCUGGGUUCAAACCUGCAGAAAUAUGUAACCAAUACUGUUUUGUUUUUGUUUUGUUUUUUUGUUUUUGGUACCUUCUAGAGGUUUAGGUUUUUUUUUUGUUUUUGGUACAUUCGAGAGGUUUAGUUUUUUUUUACUGUAAAAUGUGUCGAUGUGCAGUGAAUGGAAUCAUUAACUUGGUUGGACUUGAUUAUAAAUGAGUUUGUCAGCUGUCUGAAAAACAAACAUGUCACACUCACAUCUCUGCUCAGUCACCCCGGACCAUCUGUUCCUACCUGAUCCAGCAGAGGGUGCUGUUAGCAUAGCCCACCUUGUGUCCUCCAUUUGCCCUUGAGUAAAAGAAGACAAUUUCCUCAUCACACCGAAUACUCCAGUUUGCAUCUGUACAGUUACUUAAACCCCUUGUAAUGCCUUUGUGCCUGCGCACGUUGCUAAUCUUAUUGUGCAUCGCUAACGCAGAAACCUGAGCAGAAGAGUUUGUUGUUUUGAUGCUAGCAGGCAAGUACAGUUCACCCUGAUGUAGGAAUAUCGUUUGGACCAAGAGUUCUGCAGAACCCAGAAUUCGUCACUCUGUCGUCGUAAGAGAAGUUAGACGACUAGCUAGUUUGUUUUACUGUUAGCAAGCAAGUCCUGCAUGGAUCAAUGGGACACCGAGGGGUUAAAAACACUGGAUUUAAUUUUUUUAGUGUUCUAUAUAACCCAAAAUUAACUUUUUUUUUAUUAUUGAUGCCUUUGUGCCUGCACCAGAGGGAAAUCUCAUUACUUUAUCAUUUGUUUCUGGGAGUCAAUGUCUGAAUGGAACAUAGGUGGCGCUCUCUCCAUAAUGCACCCAUCAUCCUGUUGUCUAAACGUUAUGUACAUUAGGAACAGUACGUGCGACCUGUGUAUAUACAGUACAACUACAGUAAAUAUUUACCUCUGAAAAUAAUAAAUACCAUUUCUUAUG